UGGCAAGGUUUUACAUAGGGUCGAAAUGCUGCCUAGCAACUGAUUAUUGGGUUACAGUGCCAUUAGAGGGAAAGUGGGGAAAAAGGAGAAUCAUGUUUGUGUUGUUUGCUCUAUCUAUCUAUCUAUCUAUCUAUCUACCUAUCUAUAUCUAGCAGAGCUGCCUUCAACAGGGGGAAGGACUAUGAAGGUCAGCUUUCAGGGAAGCCCGUUACUCAUUGGCUGAAAGAUGCUGAUCCAGUUAUAAAAUAUGAUAUUAUUUAGAGAGUGAGAGAAAGCACAUGCAGACAGAUGAUAGCAUGUAAUAGAGGGAAAGGGAGGAGGACAGUAUGUGCAUGAGUGAGGGAUGAGUGGGGAGGGAGGGUGAGAGAGAAGGGGACAGAUAUCAACACAUACCGCGUCACAGCAGCAGAUUGCAGGCAGAGCGUCAGAGCAGAGAGGAUAUAGCCACACAGAACCAAAGCCAGCACUGUCAUUAGACACUGAAGCAGGAGAUACACCAUUGGAUACCACCUGCCUAGAGCUGGGAACAUACACUGUGUGUGGAAUAGAGGCUGUGCAUGUGAACAGAGAGAACAGCACAGCGUGAUACAGCCCUGGAUCAGUGUGUCGUUAAUGAGAAGCGUUGGGGAGAAUGAGUCUUGACCCUGUUCAGGUCAUGAAGGGGCAAGACCCCAUGCCCAACACCUGUCCGCCAGCCUCAAACGGUGAUAGCAAAGCAUCAUGGGAGGACAGCAAGGAUAUCCAUGAAAAUAUGGGUACUACAAAGAAGCCCAAAUCAGGACCUGUGAGACGGGCCAGGAAGGUGGAGGGAGGCAUAUUCUUUCCCAAACCAGAGAACGCAGUCACCAUUGCAGUGUCAUCGCGGGUUCUGUUCCGCACAGAGAAAGAGCAGAAGGUGUUUGAGCAGCAAGGAAUAGAGGAGUACCUCAGGUAUCAGGUGGAGCACGAGAAUGAACCCUUUGCUCCUGGUCCAGCAUUCCCGUUUGUUAAGGCACUGGAGACAGUAAACACCCGGUUGCGGGAGCUCUACCCAGAAAGUGAGGAGAUUUUUGACAUUGUGCUGGUAACUUACAACCAUGCCCACGUAGGCGUCAGACUCAUCAACACCAUCAACUACCACAAUCUAUUCAUUGAGCGGUUCUGCAUGACAGGAGGUACCAGUCCCAUUGGGUACCUGAAAGCGUGGCAUACAAACUUGUACCUGUCUGCCGAUACUGAAAAGGUUCAGGAAGCCCUUGCUGAAGGGAUUGCUGCAGCCACCAUGUUUAUGUCAGAUAAACAAAUCGAGGUAUCCGAGACCCAGCUGAGAGUGGCAUUUGAUGGCGACGCUGUUCUCUUCUCCGAUGAGUCUGAGCGUAUUUUUAAAGCCCACGGGCUGGACAAGUUCUUCGAGCAUGAGAGGGAAAAUGAAAACACAUUGUUAGAUCAUGGGCCACUGAAGAGUUUCCUGGAAUUACUUGGGAAGCUUCAGAAGAAAUUCUAUGCUAAAGGCCACCGCCUGGACUGUCCCAUCCGCACCUACCUCGUGACGGCCCGCAGUGCAGCCAGUUCAGGUAUCCGUGCCUUAAAGACUCUCCGUGCCUGGGGACUAGAGACAGACGAGGCUCUUUUCCUGGCCGGCGCACCAAAAGGCCCCAUGCUGGAGAAAAUCCGGCCCCACAUCUACUUUGAUGACCAGAUGUUCCACGUGGAAGGUGCCGCAGAAAUGGGUGCCAUCGCUGCACAUGUGCCCUAUGGGAUUGCACAGAAAUACCCUCAUAACAAAAGCACCAAUACAUCAAAAUAACAAAGACAGGGAAGACACGAAGAGGUACAUAAUGUUCUUAUUUUGGACGUGACGUUCAAGUUUCAGACAUUCUUUUUUUAAACUCAGUUGUGCACUCAUUGGGUCAGGAUCUCAGUAUUCUCUUGGCCAUUUUUCCAUGUGACCUAUGCAAGGCCAUACACAACAUACAGCCAAAAAGAUUCAGCCAAGUGCUGAUCUUUUGGAGUUAUUCUGUUCAUGACUCUUGAAAUAUGCAUUAUGAUAAUGAAAUCUGACCAUUGUGCCUCUUGUAAAGCACUACAAUGAACGGUCAUCUAAGCAUACGCUUCUCAGUGACAGUUUGUUGAAAAACACGACAUUGACUUACUGUUAAAAGUGAAUGCGUGCUGCUAUUCUUAUAUGUAAAGUGACAUAGAUACUGAAAAUGGUGUUUACACAGUGUGUUUUGAACCGCACUGUAUAAUUCAGCAAUGGACUGUGAUGGUGUUCUUGUUUAUUGCUGUAGAUGGUGUUGUGUGAGUAAAACUACAGUAUUCUUAUGUAGUAGUCUAAUGUAUGUGGUCGUAUACGAUGCAUUGUUAGUCUAUAAUAUAAUGUUCGACAUUGAUAAGAAGAUAUAAUAUUUUACAUUUGAGAGAAUUAAUUAUUCAGAAUAUAUAGAAAUCUAUAGAAAGUAUAUUUUCAUCUUUAAAGUUUUACAUGUAAUUUUCUGUUUUUCUUAUCUGGAUUCAAUAUACACUACUGUUCAAAAGUUGGGGUGAGUAUUUUUUUUUUUUUAAGAAAUUAAUACUUUUAUUCAAUAAGGAUGAUUUAAAUUGAUCAAAAGUGACAGUAAAGACAUUUAUAAAGAUUUCUAUAUCAAAUAAAUUUAAACUUUCUAUUCUUUCUAUAAAGAACCCUAAAAAAUGUAUGACAGUUUCCACAAAAAUAUUAAUCAGCACAAGUGUUUUCAGCAUUGAUAAUAAUAAUAAUAAGAAAUGUUUGAGCAGCAAAUCAGCAUAAUGAUUUCUGAAGGACCAUGUGACACUGAAGACUGGAGUUAUGUAAUAAUAUUUCACAAUAUUACUGUAUUUUUGAUCAAAUAAAUGCAGCCAUGGUGAACAUAAGAGACUUCUUUUUUUUUCUUUUUUAGUCUUACCAAAUCCAAACUUUUGAACGUUAGUGUAUGUAUAUCUUUUGACAGAAAAUUAUUGUAUGUGAAAGGGAAUGUAAAGGGAAUAGAAGAGGUCAGAUUUGUCUGUCAGCCAAAGAAAGGAGUUUAUUUGUAGACAACAAAACAGCUAAAAACUGCAAUAAAACUCCACUAAGCUACAUUACCUGCCACUCUUUCUCUCCAGAUACAUUUGUCAUGCAGUUAAUGUCCUUUCUUGGUACACAUAAUCCCUGGUUUGGCAUCUAACACACAAAUAAAAAUUAUCAUCAUUAUCCAGAAUUGGCAUCUGAUUAUUAUAAGACAUAAUUUCCUGCUAAUGAUAUACUGGUUUAUUCACAUGUUUCUUGUGCUUUGUCUUCUUGUGUCACUGUGCUGUUCAGUAAUGUUUUGCAGCAUCUGUCCUAUAAACAUUAUUGGAACAAAUUGUGUUGACAUCAGUGUUUAGUCUGUCUCUUUAAAUUAAUCUCUUUGUUAAAUCUAUAUGAAAUAUGACAGAUUAGCUGCCUCCUCCAUAACUGUCUGUUCAUUUUUAGAGAUCUGUCACUGUGCUGUUGUUCUCUGGAUAAUAUGGUAUGAUAAUAUCAACAUUAUAAAGGACAAAACGAAUAUAA